CUUCUCCCCACGCCCUUCGAGGCGCAUGGCCUGCCGGGAGGGGGCCGAGAGUCGGCGGCAGGGUCCAAUGGGUGCGAGCUCCCGAGGAGAGGGCGGUGGAGCGGAGGACGAGGCAGGUUCUGGGCUGGGUCCCCCAUUCAUUGCCGCAGCCAGCCGGUCGGGGGUCCCGGGUUUCGGGAGCCAUGGAGGCCCUCAUUCCUGUCAUCAACAAGCUACAGGACGUCUUCAAUACCGUGGGCGCCGACAUCAUCCAGCUGCCGCAGAUCGUCGUGGUGGGGACGCAGAGCAGUGGAAAGAGCUCAGUGCUGGAGAGCCUAGUGGGGCGGGAUCUGCUUCCUAGAGGCACUGGCAUUGUCACCCGGAGGCCUCUUAUUCUGCAGCUGGUCCACGUCUCACCAGAGGAUAAGCGAAAAACAUCAGGAGAAGAGAAUGGUGUGGAAGCUGAAGAAUGGGGUAAAUUUCUUCACACCAAAAAUAAGCUUUACACAGAUUUUGACGAAAUUCGACAAGAAAUUGAGAAUGAAACAGAAAGAAUUUCAGGAAACAACAAGGGAGUGAGCCCUGAACCAAUUCAUCUUAAGAUUUUUUCACCCAAUGUUGUCAAUUUGACACUGGUGGAUUUGCCAGGAAUGACCAAGGUGCCUGUAGGUGAUCAACCUAAGGACAUAGAGCUUCAAAUCAGAGAGCUCAUUCUUCGAUUCAUCAGCAACCCCAAUUCCAUUAUCCUUGCCGUCACUGCUGCUAAUACAGAUAUGGCAACAUCAGAGGCACUGAAAAUUUCAAGAGAGGUAGAUCCAGAUGGUCGCAGAACCCUGGCUGUGAUCACUAAGCUUGACCUGAUGGACGCAGGCACUGAUGCCAUGGAUGUGUUGAUGGGGAGAGUCAUUCCAGUGAAGCUUGGCAUCAUUGGCGUGGUCAACAGGAGCCAGCUGGAUAUUAACAAUAAGAAGAGUGUAACUGAUUCAAUCCGGGAUGAAUAUGCUUUUCUUCAAAAGAAAUACCCAUCUCUUGCCAACAGAAAUGGAACAAAGUAUCUUGCUCGGACUCUGAACAGGUUACUUAUGCAUCACAUCCGAGAUUGCUUACCAGAGCUGAAAACAAGAAUAAACGUUCUAGCUGCUCAGUAUCAGUCUCUUCUAAACAGUUACGGUGAACCUGUGGAUGAUAAAAGUGCUACUUUACUCCAGCUUAUCACCAAAUUUGCCACAGAAUAUUGUAAUACAAUUGAAGGAACUGCAAAAUAUAUUGAAACUUCAGAGCUAUGCGGUGGUGCUAGAAUUUGUUAUAUUUUUCAUGAGACUUUUGGGAGAACUUUAGAAUCUGUUGACCCCCUGGGUGGCCUUAACACUAUUGACAUUUUGACUGCUAUUAGAAAUGCUACUGGACCUCGUCCUGCUUUAUUUGUGCCUGAGGUUUCCUUUGAGUUGCUGGUAAAGCGGCAGAUCAAACGUCUGGAGGAGCCCAGCCUGCGCUGCGUGGAGCUGGUGCACGAGGAGAUGCAGAGGAUCAUUCAGCACUGCAGCAAUUACAGCACACAGGAAUUGUUGCGGUUCCCUAAGCUUCAUGAUGCCAUAGUGGAAGUGGUGACUUGUCUUCUCCGUAAGCGGCUGCCUGUCACCAAUGAAAUGGUCCAUAACUUAGUGGCAAUUGAGUUGGCUUACAUCAACACAAAACACCCAGACUUUGCUGAUGCUUGCGGGCUAAUGAACAAUAAUAUAGAGGAACAGAGAAGAAACAGGUUAGCAAGAGAAUUGCCUUCAGCUGUAUCGCGGGACAAGUCUUCUAAAGUUCCAAGUGCUUUGGCACCUGCCUCCCAGGAGCCCACCCCUGCCGCUUCUGCCGAGGCUGAUGGCAAGUUAAUUCAGGAGAGCAGAAGAGAAACUAAAAAUGUUGCAUCAGGAGGUGGUGGGAUUGGAGACAGUGGUCAAGAACCAGCAACAGGCAACUGGAGGGGAAUGCUGAAAACUUCAAAAGCUGAAGAAUUAUUAGCUGAAGAAAAAUCGAAGCCAAUUCCAGUUAUGCCAGCUAGCCCCCAAAAGGGCCAUGCUGUCAACCUGCUGGAUGUGCCAGUUCCUGUUGCACGAAAGCUUUCUGCCCGUGAACAGCGCGACUGUGAGGUUAUUGAACGACUCAUCAAAUCCUAUUUUCUUAUUGUCAGAAAGAAUAUUCAAGACAGUGUGCCAAAGGCAGUAAUGCACUUUUUGGUUAAUCAUGUGAAAGAUACUCUCCAGAGUGAGUUAGUAGGACAACUGUACAAGUCCUCCUUACUGGAUGACCUUCUGACUGAAUCUGAGGAUAUGGCCCAGCGGAGGAAAGAAGCAGCUGAUAUGCUAAAGGCAUUACAAGGAGCUAGUCAAAUUAUUGCUGAAAUCCGAGAGACUCACCUCUGGUGAAGAGAAGUAUAUGAAACAGACUUUUCGGCUCAAAACGUGCUAGUUACUGCCUACUUGAGUAGAAUUGUAUGAACUGUGUUUUGCAACGGUAUGAAUCUGCUCAUGUGAAGACUGGCUAUAUAAAUGAGAAGUGUAACUUGCAUUACAGAACAAAUCACACAUUUAAUCCAGAUAAUAAAUGGCUGUUUCUAUAAAGUUUUCCCGUAUACAUACAUACAUAUAUAUAUAUGUAUAUAUGAAGUCUGUCUUGUGACAGUUUCAUCUGGACUUAAGAGACCUAUUGAUGUUCUAGUUGUACAAAGUUUGCCUGUGAGGAAGAUGACCUGUGUAAGCUUGUUCGUCUUAAAGCUGCUACAUAGUCCUUCAGGAAGACAAUGCACAUACUAUAGAACUGGAUCUGAAAGGUGAGGGCUGGCAAUCUCCUCAGUCACUGACUGUCAUUGUACAGUUUAAAUCUCUGCAAUUGUAGGCACACAUGGAUCUGGAGUCCUGGUGGAGAGUGGAUUCAAAUCCACUCUCACACUUCAACCUGAAAGCAAGCAUUAGGUCUUCCUGCAUUAAAAACAGUAGGGCUUGGUAAUGAUAGCCAGUUUACUCUUUGCAAAUCCCAAAAUAGUAAAUCAGAUAUAGCUAUACAAUGGGCACUGUCUCACGUUCUGAGAUUGCCUUUAUGUGGGAAUUCAAAUCCAGUUUAUUCACUGUAUUAGCUGGUAGUAGCUACCAACUACAUUAGCACAGUGACUGGGAAAUACCAGCCAAGCUUGGUUCUUCAGAGAAAAACACCCAGAUGCACGGGCGUGCACGCGCGCGCACGCACACACACACACACACACACACACACACACACACACACAGGCUACAUUUCAUUCAGAAGGUGGAGCCGUUUGCAACACCAUACAUAUACAUUAAGAAAAUUAUGUAUCAUGAACACAACUUUCCAAGUUUUUAUGAAGGAUUUUGUUAGAGAAAACAUGAACAGCUUAUGGUCCCCAAUAACCAAGAAAUAACUGGUUCCAAGUGAUCUCAAACACAGAAAGCCCAAACAAGUCUGAUAGGACAUCUUUGAAUCCAUUCAGUGAAUGCAUGCUGCCAAAAUGUUAGCAUGCACACACACAAAACCAGCUUUGAAAGUGGAGCUACCCGUGACUUCUCUCAGAUGGACCAGACGACUUACCAUAGCAGCCUUUUGAGUUUACAAGAAAAUUUUACAAUGCACAUCUUUUCUUUUCUGCCUAUCACAUUUCAAGUUCAAGAUGUAAGCUUUCAAAACAUGCUGGGCACCUGCUGGUACUACACACUGUACAAACCAGAAGCAAGAAAUUUCAAGAACACCAGCCUUGCUGGUUCUUAAAAGUGUGAGGUGGAAAUGAUCUCCAGCAUAUUUAUAAUACUGUAUGUUCUUGCUAUGUAAAUAAAAUUGCUGGUAUAGAAUGACAUUCAAGUUUGUCAAUAAAUGAAUUCCUCUUAA